CAACUAUAAAGGCCUUUGGCCGCGGCGCUUCUUCCUACACCUCGCGCCCCACUUCCCGGAGCCCGUCCAGUGCGGAGCCGUCUUCACCAUGGAGCAGCUGAGCACAGCAAACACCCAGUUCGCGGUGGACAUGUUUCACGCUAUGAAUGAGGACAGUCCUACUGGGAAUAUAUUCUUCUCUCCCUUAAGCAUUUCAUCAGCAUUGGCCAUGAUCUUUCUGGGGACUCAAGGUGCUACUGCAGUACAGGUGUCCAAGGCUCUUCAUUUUGAUACAGUUGAGGAGAUUCAUUCAAAAUUUCAGAGUCUGAAUGCCGAUAUCAACAAACGCGGAGCCUCCUAUAUUCUGAAACUUGCUAAUAGGUUGUAUGGAGACAAGAACUAUAAUUUCCUCCCUGAAUUCUUAGCUUCGACUCAGAAAAUGUAUGGUGCUGAAUUGGCCAGUGUAGAUUUUCAGCAAGCCUCUGAAGAAGCAAGGAAGGUGAUUAAUGAGUGGGUCAAAGGGCAGACAGAAGGGAAAAUCCUGGAACUAUUGGCUCCAGGUGUGGUUGACAGCAUGACUAAGCUUGUGCUAGUGAAUGCCAUCUAUUUCAAAGGGAACUGGGAGGAGGAGUUCAUUAAGGAAGCCACUGACAAUAAGCCCUUCCGCUUGAAUAAGAAAGAGACAAAAAUGGUGAAAAUGAUGUAUCAAAAGAAGAGAUUUCCAUAUGGCUACAUUGAGGACCUUAAGUGCCGCGUGCUAGAACUGCCUUACCGAGGCAAGGAACUCAGCAUGAUUAUCCUGCUGCCAGAUGACAUUGAGGAUGAGUCCACAGGUCUCAAGAAGAUUGAGGAACAAUUGACUUCGGAAAAACUGCGUGGGUGGACCAAAGCUGAGAAUCUGGAUCGCAUUGAAGUCAAAGUCUACUUGCCCAGGUUCAAGCUGGAAGAGAGCUACGACCUUAACUCCCACCUAUACCGCCUGGGUGUAAAGGAUCUUUUUAGUAGCAGCAAGGCUGAUCUGUCCGGCAUGUCAGGAGCUAGAGAUCUUUUCAUAUCAAAAAUUGUCCAUAAGUCCUUUGUGGAAGUCAAUGAGGAGGGCACAGAGGCGGCGGCUGCCACAGCAGGCGUUGCCACCUUUGCCAUGCUGAUGCCCGAGGAGGAAUUUGUUGCCGACCAUCCAUUCAUUUUCUUUAUUAAGCAUAAUCCCUCUGCUAACAUCCUGUUCUUGGGCAGAUUGUCUUCCCCUUAGAAACUGGAAAUACGGGGCGCCUGGGUGGCGCAGUCGGUUAAGCGUCCGACUUCAGCCAGGUCACGAUCUCGCGGUCCGUGAGUUCGAGCCCCGCGUCAGGCUCUGGGCUGAUGGCUCGGAGCCUG